CGAGGUUGUUUUCGAUAAAACUGGCCGAGGAGCUCCGAAUGGUCAUUUUCUUGUUCAAAAUCGAAAGCAGUGGAAAUUGAUCAAGCUCUAGUUGUGUUCAUGUUUGGCUGAAUAUGAGUUCUAAUUAGAUAUGGAGCAUUCCAGUUCAAGAAAUGGUUCCACAGACAACUUUGAGGUAACUUGGCAGGACAAGCUCAUUGUGGCAGCAAUAGACUUUGGGACAACAUUCAGUGGUUUCGUUGUGUCAUUUCUCGAUGAGUAUCAGCAAGAUAAAACUGGUCGCUUUAUCUCACACGAUUGGUCUAGUGGAGAGGGAGUUAGAACAACCAAGACGCCGACUGCUGUCUUGCUUAGACCUGAUACAACGUUGGAUUCUUUUGGUUAUGAAGCAGAGGAUCGGUUUCUUGCUGAAAACAUUGAAGACGAUGAAAAUAAUGAAAAAAGUGUUGAUCGAGAGACCUGGUACUUCUUCCGACACUUCAAAAUGAAACUGUAUGGUGACAAACGUCUCAAACCAAUCACUUUGGACAGUAAAAUACCGGACGAGAGAGGACGGGAGCUCCCUGCAAUCUUAGUUUUCUCGAGAGCAAUCGCCUACAUGAAGACCAAGAUAUUCGAAGUCGUAUCGGAUAAGUUUCCAAACGUUAGAGAAGAUGACAUUUACUACGUUCUGACAUGUCCUGCCAUUUGGUCAGACACUUCCAAGCAAUUUAUGUCUAAUGCUGCUGAAAAGGCUGGAAUUCCGUACGACCACCUGCGUAUUGCUCUUGAGCCAGAGUGCGCCGCUGUGUAUUUGCUGACAAAAGAAGUGCCGUCUGUUAGUUCCUCAUUUCGAGAGCGUUUCCCAAGGAACGAAGGAGAUUGCUACAUAGUUGCUGAUCUUGGAGGUGGUACUUUGGACAUAGCAGCACACAGAAUCAACAAGAACCACAAAUACGAUGAAAUAAUGAUUCCAGAUGGGGGACCUAGCGGGGGCAACAACAUCAACUUUAAGUUUGAGCAAUUACUGGUGUCCGUUUCAGGUGCCCAGGCAUUUUUAUUAUUUAAAGAUAAAAACUCGCAGGAUUACCUCUAUUUUAUGAGGACUUUUGAACACAAGAAGUGUGGGUUUCCAGGUGAUGCAGGCUCAAAAAGUGUUACCAUGCUAAUGCCAUUAACAUUCGCCGAACGUCAUAUAGAAGAAAAUCACGAGACAUUAAAGGAUUCUGUUCGCCAGACCUCGUUUUCACAGUCUGUUGUCUUGAUCCCCGGUAAGAUUACAGUGAAGAACUCCCUUUUUGAGAGUUUCUUUGAAGAAACUUUGGUGCAGAUUGAAGAUAAGCUGGUUGAGGUCAUGGAAAGGCUUUCGAAACGAUACAAUAUCAAAGCCAUAUUUUGUGUUGGAGGUUUUUCCGAUUGUAAACUCGUUAAAGAGAGAAUUAAAGCCAGAUUUUCCGAAAAGCACCUCGUGGUUAUCCCCGCCGAGGCAAACGUUGCCAUCAUGAAGGGAGCAAUAAUCUACGGAAGGGAUGAAAGGUUAAUAGAAACGCGCAUCAGCAAGUACACUUUUGGUUUGGAUUGGAAUGAAGAUUUCGAUCCUAAAGUCCACCCUGUAAGCAAGCAGGAAAACACGGAUGACGGAUACAUGUGCAAAGAUAUUUUUAAGGUGAUCGCUAAAGUAAAUGAACCAAUACCAACUAACAGACCUACUCAAACGUUCGAUUCUUAUGUAAAGACAGCUUCCCAGACAGCUAUGGAGUUUCCGUUCUAUAGAACUCUUACUGAUCCCCCGCCAAGGUUCAUUGAUGAGCCAAACUGUUAUUUUAUGGGCUCAAUGAAGGUAUCUUUGGAAGACACUGCAGGAGGAACAGAUCGGUUUGUGACGUUAAAGAUAUACCUAGGAGCGACGACGCUUCGAGCUGAAGCCAUUGACAACAAGGGCAGGACCCAUAGGGUUACAUUUUUGCUUGGACAAACACAGGUUUAAAACAUGGAAGACUAACGGUUGGAGUAAGAUCAUAACGAGGAUCCUUAGUUUGCCAUAUGGUGUUGAUAGUAUGUUAGUGUUAUUUUAGGAUAAUUAAAUGUGGAAAUAAGUUUACGAUUUUUACUUAAUGAUACUGCUGUUUGUAGAAAAUAUAAUUAUAUAUACGCAUUGUAAUUACACAAAAUCAUGACAUAAUUUAUUUAUAGAAACAAUCGAAAAGAGAUGAAUAUUGUAUUGUGUUAUGUCCGUUUUGACAUAUUAUUUAGUUUUACAGCUUAAACAUGUUAUAAUAAUUGUGUUGUUGAAAUAAAUUGUAUUGUUUUUUGACUAUAAAUAUAGAAUUUUAAGUGGAUUAAUUUGACCGUCGCAUGCAUACGAAAAUGAAUUGGUACCAUUUGAAAGAGUAAUAUAUAUGCAAAAAGCUACAGAAACAUGCUCAGUAGCAAAAAGUUUAAACAUAAACCCGGUUUAGUGGCAAUGGGCAAAC